AUGGAGUCAGACCCUGGUAAUCAGAAUGAAGACUUACGAGGGAUGAUUCAGAUCACUCUGGCAUCGGCCAGCGCCAAGGCUAAUGAAACUGCUCAAGGAAUUAUAGGCAGAAAUGUAGACGCUUUAUGGGCCCUAGAAGUUCUAUGCACAAAAAAAAUGUGGAUCUAUGUUGUUUUCAUACUGCAUUCAAUCAUCAUAUCAUCAAGCCACUCUUCUGCUUCAAAUCUCAAGGAAGAAGACAAUUUGAUGACCAAAGUAUGCAAGAGCACGCGUAACUUCACAAUCUGCUACUCGCAUCUAAAGUUUGACAACCGGAGUUUGAAUGCAGAUGUCAAAGGGCUUGCUCGGAUCAUUAUUGAAAAAGCCGAGAGACAUGCAAACACCUCAGUUGCAGUAGUGAAUAUAUACACCGGAGAAGAACCUUCAUCGCGAUAUCCAGUGGAGAAGAAGUGUAGAGGAGACAUUCACAGGCUUAUGUAUGGACUUUUGCCGGAGGCAAUUCGCAGUUUGGACUCCAACGACUAUGGAGGAGCAAAAAAGAGCAUACAGAAUGCUGCUGAUAUCGCCGAUGCAUGUAAAGAUGAACUCGCAAGGAGCAGCCAUGGCUCGCUGAGAAAACGCACUGGCCGUUCGUUUAGGAUAGUGCAUAGCCUAUGCCUAGUGGCCUUGGACAUUAUAUCUACACUGGGUUGA